AUGUCCACUUCUCUUGAGCUGAAGAACCAGGGCAAUGCUGCUCUCAGUCAGGGCAAAUAUGAUCAAGCGAUAGAGUAUUAUACUUCGGCAAUUAAGCUUGAUGAAAAAAAUCACGUUCUCUUCAGCAACAGAUCCGCUGCCUACGCUAAGGUCGGCCAGUACGAUGAUGCUCUUAAGGAUGCAGAACAAUGUGUAAAAUUAAAUCCUUCAUGGGCCAAGGGGUACAACAGGAAAGGCACGGCUCUAGAAUUUUUGGGACGCUUUAAGGAGGCCGAGGAAGCAUACCUAAAGGCUAUGGACUUGGAGCCUUCCAACGAACAAUUUCAGGAAAGUGCAAUGAAUGUGAGGGCGCGGAUGGCGCUGGGCUCCCUUCCUGCUAGGGUUGCUGGCCAUCCUGUCCUAAAAGAAUAUCUUAAGGAUCCUGAAUACGUAGAAAAGCUGCGAUCACUUCAGGAAAAUCCAGCCCUUUUGCAGUUCCUGAUGAAGGAUCCGAAGAUAAAGGAGACCGUCUUUACACUAUUUACUGCCCAGGAGCCAAUGGACGAAUGCUCCCCUCCUCCAUCACCUCCUAAAAAGUCGGAACCAAAGCCAAAGGAGCCUGAACUGGCUGAUGUUGAGAAAGAAGCCCUAAAGGAGAAAGAAUUAGGAAACGCUGCAUAUAAAAAGAAAGAUUUUCAGACUGCCAUCUCCCAUUAUGACAAGGCCAUUGAACUUGAUCCUAAGAACAUUACUUUCCUCACAAACAAAUCUGCGGUCUACUUUGAGAUGCGUGACUACCCAAAGUGCAUUGAGAUUUGCGAAGAGGCCGUCUCUAAGGGUCGUGAGCUUCGCUCUGACUACAAACUUAUUGCGAAGGCUUUCGCUCGUAUUGCGCAUUGUUAUGAAAACCAGGGAGACUUGCAGAAUGCCAAAAAAUACUAUGACAAAUCACUCUCUGAGUUCCGAGCUCCAGAUGUCAUAAAGAAAUCGCAGGCUUUGGACAAGAAGAUAAAGGAAAUGGAACGCCAAGCAUACAUAAAUCCUGAGCUCGCGGAAGCAGCUAAACUCGAGGAUCCAAAACUCUACAGUAACCGCGCCGCAUGUUACACUAAACUCAUGGAAUUCCCCUGUGCGCUGAAGGACUGCGAGACCUGCAUAUCUUUGGCUCCCGACUUUGUCAAAGGCUACCUCCGCAAAGCUGCCUGUCUAGUGGCCAUGAAGGACUUAAACCAGGCGCGAAAAGCCUACCGCAAAGCCCUCGAGUUGGAACCUACGUGUGAAGAGGCUCGACAAGGGAUUAUCCAGUGUGCCACCUCCGAAAGUGACCCAGAGGCAACUCGACAAAGAGCUAUGUACGAUCCAGAGAUCAAGGAGAUCCUCUCCGAUCCUGCAAUGCGUAUGAUACUCAAUCAGAUGGAAGAUCCCGACGCCAUGAAGGAGCACCUUGCCAAUCCAGAAAUCGCAUCAAAAUUGAUGAAGCUAAUUGAUGCAGGCAUCGUUGCCGUCCGCUGA